AUGCCUGCGCCCGCAACACCCCACACCCGCCUGCCCCACGCCGCCACCACGCUCCUGCUCCUCCUGACGGCUCUCGCCACCACCCUCGCCUGCCGACACCUGCCUCUCUGCCACACCACCUUCCCCUGGGACAGCCUCACCAUCCUCCGACACAUGGCUCCCACACACACCUGCCAACACCACACGCCCCUCCUCCCCUUCCCCGACACCCUCCUCCACACCAACCAACCACAGCAAGCCGCUGCCAUCGCCACACACAUCCUCCACAACCUCCUCGCCGCCCUCAGCAGCCACAACGGCCCCCACCACUGGCACCACCACGCACGACAGCGCCUCCUCAACAACCUCCACCACCGCAGCCACCAGCUCCAACAAUGCCUCACCCACAACGCCACGCUCCCCCAAGGACAAGCGCCCCGCAACGCCACCCUCACCAUCAACAAGUACUUCACACGCCUCCAACGCUUCCUCCACACCCACAACCACAGCGCCUGCGCCUGGGACCACCUCCGCCUCCAAGCCCGCGCCUCUUUCCAACGCCUCCACAACCUCACCCGCACCAUCUGCGCCUAGAACAACCCCCCACAACCCAA